ACACUUGGCGUCGACUACGAAGCUUUUAGCGACGCCAGAACGAAACGGCCGCUCGUCAACAAUCGUCGUCGCGUCUCAUCGUGCAUCUUCCAAGACCGCGAGAUUCAUAUGCCUGCUGCUCGAUCCAAGAUCGAACAGCGUCUCAACGGAGGAGCGACGCUCCAUCAUCGGGGGAUGAAAGAUAAUGCGCGCUUGGAUUGUCUUUGGUUUACUCUCCCUGGUCUCCGGCCAGCUAGAUCUACCCUCUCUGAACGACGAUUCUCGAAACAAUCUCGGGAGAGGUAUUCCACCUACCGAUGCACAGCUACAAGAUAUUUUAGCCAGACUAGAUUUCCUUGGUACCGAAAGAUGUAACGCCAAUGUGGCGGCGCAGUGGGCCUACGAAACCGACGUGAACGAGUACACGCAACUGCAGGCGCUGGAAGCUCAGAGAAUAUAUGCAGACUUUCAAAAUCAAGCCUGGUUCCUGAUUUCGAAGAUCGAUAAGGAUAACAUUAGGGAUCCUGUAGUCAGAAGACGUCUCAGAUAUUUGUCUGUGGUUGGACCAUCGGCGCUUCCACCGGAUCAAUUGGACAGAUACAAUAGCGUGAUCAACGAUAUGCUGGCGGUGUAUAACGAUGCUAGCAUUUGCGCGUACAACGAUCCCUUCCGGUGCGGGCUGCGACUGUAUCCAGAUAUAUCGCAGAUCAUGGCGAAAAGCCGCAAUUGGGACGAGUUGCAGUAUGUCUGGGCAGAAUGGAGAAGACGAAGCGGGAUGAGGAUCAAGGACCUCUAUCAACAACUCGUCGUGUUAAACAACGAAGCUGCUAGAUUGAAUAAUUUCACUGAUGCAGCCGAAUAUUGGAUGUUCCCCUAUGAAUCUCCAAACCUACAACAAGACAUCGAUGAAGUAUGGGAAAUGAUACGUCCUCUUUACGAAGAAUUACACGCGUACGUUCGAAGAAAAUUGAGGGAACUGUAUGGACCUGAAAAGAUCGGCACUCAUGCUCCUCUUCCAGCUCAUAUUCUUGGUAAUAUUUGGGCACAAUCAUGGACCAACAUCAUCGAUAUCACGAUACCGUAUCCAGGGAAAAGUUAUCUGGACGUGACACAGGAAAUGCAGGCCCAGGGUUACACGCCUAUCGAGAUGUUCAGGAUCGCGGAGGAAUUUUAUCUGUCCCUCAACCUGAGCGCCAUGCCUCCUGAAUUCUGGGCCGGUAGCAUAAUCGCGGACCCUGGAAAUCGACCUUUAAUUUGCCAGGCUUCUGCUUGGGACUUUUGCAAUCGUUUAGAUUACAGAAUCAAGAUGUGUACUAAGGUUACCAUGAAGGAUCUGAUCACGGUACAUCACGAAAUGGCUCACAUUCAAUACUUCUUACGUUACAGCGGAUUGGCUCGAGAAUUCAGAGACGGCGCCAAUCCAGGAUUCCACGAAACAGUGGGUGAAGCCGUUGCCCUCAGCGUCGCCACUCCUCGUCAUCUACAAACCCUUGGUUUAGGUACCAAGUUUAUCGAUGAACCUACAGCGGAUAUUAAUUACCUGUUCUCUUUGGCGAUGGACAAAUUGGUGAUAUUGCCAUUCAGCAUCGCGAUGGAGAGAUGGCGGUGGGACAUCUUCCGUGGUUACAUCACUAGGGAAGACUACAAUUGUCAUUGGCAUCGAUUGAUGGAACAAUACGCUGGAAUCAAGCCUCCUGUUUUGAGAACCGAGGAUGACUUCGAUCCUGGCGCCAAAUAUCACAUUCCUGCGAACAUCCCUUAUAUUCGGAAUUUUGUGGCAGGAGUCCUUCAGUUUCAACUCUAUCGCGCGUUGUGCGAAGCGGCUGGACAGAGGAACGUGGACGAUCCCAGGAGACCUCUGCACAGAUGCGACUUCUACAGAAGCCAGGAAGCUGGCAGGAUCUUGGGGAAAAUUAUGGAGAGAGGCUCGUCGGUGCCGUGGCAAGAGACGCUUCGGGAGGCUAUAGGGGACGACAAAUUGGACGCGUCUGCGCUCAGAGAGUACUUCAGGCCUCUGGAAGACUGGCUGAGAACGGAAAACCUGAGAACCGGGGACGUCGUCGGCUGGUCUUACGACGGAGAUUACUGCAAGCGCAGCAUCGAGACUGCUGGUCUGCAGGUUUACGGAAGCGGAUUCUACAACGAAGCCACGACAGCGCGUGUGACGACAAUUUUACCAGCGAUUCUCCUCACAGUUUCGAUACUUCGUUAACAAAGAAGAAAUUUAGUGGAACAGCGA